GGAAGUGACUGCGCCGCGCUCCCCGCCCCGCCGCGGGAAACGCGCGGCCCCUCCGCCCCCUCGGCGCGGGGCCGGCGCGUCCCGGCAGAGCCGCGCCCGCGGAGCAGCGCGGCCGGGCCAUGGCGCGCCUGGGCGUGAUGCUGGUCCUGCUGGGCGCCGCGCUGGCCCCGGGCAGCGCCUUCAACCUGGACGUGGAGCGCCCGGCCGUCUACUCGGGCCCGGCGGGCAGCUACUUCGGCUUCGCCGUGGACUUCUUCGCCCCCGACCCCUUCUCGACAUAUCUUCUGGUGGGAGCUCCAAAAGCCAACACUACCCAGCACAACAUCAUAGAGGGAGGGCAGGUGCUCAAAUGUAACUGGAACUCCAACAGGAACUGCCAGCCCAUUGUAUUUGAUGCCACAGGUAACAGAGACUUUGCUCCUGAUGAUCCGCUGGAAUUUAAGUCUCAUCAGUGGUUUGGAGCCUCUGUAAGAUCCCAAAAUGAUAAAAUUCUGGCCUGUGCCCCGCUGUACCACUGGAGAACUGAAACAAAGCAAGAGAGAGAGCCUGUAGGAACUUGUUACCUGCUUGCUGGGUCAAAAUUUGUGGAAUAUGCUCCCUGCAGGUCAACAACUAUUGAUGCAGAUGGACAGGGAUUUUGUCAAGGUGGAUUUAGCAUUGACUUCACAAAGGGAGACAGGGUGCUGCUUGGAGGACCUGGAAGUUUUUACUGGCAAGGCCAGCUGAUUUCUGAUCGAGUGACAGAGAUUGUGGCCAAGUAUGACUCCAAAGUCUACAGCACCAAGUAUGAUGACCAGCUAGCAACCAGGCCUGCCAGUGCUGCUUUUGAUGACAGCUACUUGGGUUAUUCAGUGGCUGUUGGAGACUUCAAUGGUGAUGGCAUCGAAGACUUUGUGUCAGGAGUCCCACGGGCAGCAAGAACUCUGGGCAUGGUGUCCAUUUACAAUGGAAAAAACAUGUCGUCCAUGUACAACUUCACUGGAGAGCAGAUGGCUGCCUAUUUUGGGUAUUCAGUGGCUGCCACAGAUAUUGACGGGGACAAUUACACAGAUCUGUUUAUUGGAGCCCCUCUUUUUAUGGAUCGAAGUUCAGAUGGGAAGCUUCAGGAGGUUGGCCAAGUAACCAUCUGCCUUCAGCGAGCCUCUGGAGGGUUUCAGACAGCAAAGCUGAACGGCUUUGAGAUCUUUGCGAGGUUUGGCAGCUCCAUCGCACCCCUGGGGGAUCUGGAUCAGGAUGGCUUCAAUGAUGUUGCAGUUGCUGCACCAUAUGGUGGAGAGGACAAGAGAGGACUUGUGUAUAUCUACAAUGGAGGAGCCAGUGGUUUGAAUGCCAUCCCAUCCCAGGUCCUGGAAGGGCAGUGGGCCGCUCGCACUAUGCCUCCCAGCUUUGGGUACUCACUGAAAGGAGCCACAGAUGUGGACAAAAAUGGAUAUCCAGACUUGAUUGUUGGAGCCUUUGGUGUUGACACAGCUGUUCUGUACAGGGCAAGGCCAGUUAUUAGAGUAAAUGCUGCCCUGGAAGUUAAUCCAACCAUUCUAAACCCAGAAAACAAAGCCUGUUCACUGGGAGAUGUAAAAGUUUCUUGCUUCAAAGUAAAGUUCUGCUUAAAGGCAGAUGGCAAAGGAAAGCUCCCGAACUCACUCAAUUUCCAGGUGGAGCUGCUGCUGGACAAGCUGAAGCAGAAAGGAGCUAUCAGGAGGGCUCUGUUUCUGCACAGCAGACAGCCCAGCCACUCCAAGAACAUGACAAUUACAAAGGGGGGCAAAAUGAACUGCGAGGAACUUGAUGCCUUCUUGAGGGAUGAAUCUGAGUUCAGAGACAAGCUGACUCCCAUUACUAUUUUCAUGGAAUAUCGUCUGGACUACAGGACAGCUGCAGAUGCAACAGGAUUGCACCCUAUCCUCAACCAGUUCACUCCUGCUAACAUGAGCAGACAGGCACAUAUCCUGCUGGAUUGUGGGGAUGAUAAUAUCUGCAAACCAAAGCUGGAGGUGUCAGUAGAAAGUGAUCAGAAGCAGAUCUACAUCGGUGAUGACAAUCCCCUGACCCUGAUUGUCAGUGCUCAGAACCAGGGGGAGGGAGCCUAUGAAGCAGAACUCUUCGUCCUUGUUCCUCCCCAAGCAGAUUUCAUCGGGGUUGUUCGCAACAACGAGGAUUUGGCCAGACUGUCAUGUGCUUUUAAAACAGAGAAUCAGACUCGCAUGGUAGUUUGUGACCUGGGCAAUCCCAUGAAAGCAGGAACUAAGCUCUUAGCUGGCCUGCGUUUCAGCGUGCACCAGCAGUCUGAGAUGGACACCUCUGUCAAGUUUGACUUGCAAAUCCGGAGUUCCAACCUGUAUGACAACCUGAGCCCAGUAGCAUAUUAUCAGGCUGACCUUGCUAUUUCAGCAGCUGUUGAAAUUAGAGGUGUGUCAUCCCCUGAUCACAUAUUCCUUCCUAUUGCAAACUGGCAGCCAAAGGAGAAUCCUGAAACAGAAGAUGAUAUUGGGCCUCUAGUUCAGCACAUCUAUGAGCUGAGAAACAAUGGCCCAAGUGCAUUCAGCAAGGUGAUGAUGACUCUGCAGUGGCCUUACAAAUAUAAAAACAACACGCUGCUGUACAUUGUGCAGUAUGAAAUUGAUGGUCCCAUGAACUGCACUUCUGACAUGGAAAUCAACCCACUGAAAAUUAAGAUUUCUGCUUCCAAGGACGAUGACAGGAAUGAAACCCUUGGCAGGGAGGAUCACCGUGAGCACCGCGUCAGCCGCAGGGAUUUGGCUGCCGUGGAGGGGGACGUGCACACUCUGGGCUGUGGAACUGCUGACUGUUUAAAGAUUGUCUGUCAGGUUGGCCACCUGGAGAGGGGAAAGAGUGCAAUAUUGUAUUUAAAAUCACGCCUUUGGACCCAAACUUUCAUGAAUAAAGAAAAUCAGAAUCAUUCCUACUCUCUCAAAUCAUCUGCUUCCUUCAGUGUUAUAGAGUUCCCUUAUAAGAACCUUUCCUUUGAAGAUAUUCACAAUUCUACAGUUGUUGCUACAAAUAUUACAUGGGGCAUUCAGCCACAGCCCAUGCCUGUGCCAGUGUGGGUUAUCAUUUUGGCCGUCCUAGCAGGGCUACUGCUCCUGGCUGUUCUAGUGUUUGUCAUGUACAGGAUGGGCUUUUUCAAACGGGUGAGGCCACCUCAGGAAGAACAAGAAAGAGAGCAACUGCAACCGCAUGAGAACGGGGAGGGAACAUCAGAAGCCUAAGCAGAGUUUUAUCUGUAAGACAUUCUGAAACGUACACUUGCCUACAUCUUGGUUACAAAUAUUGGCUUCCCCCUCCAUGAGCAAACCCUCACCACUGCAGAGCUGCUGUUCUCAGAAGGCUUCAGCACGAGCAAAACAAGGGCAAAACACUUCAACCUCCCCCCUGCAUUAACCCCUUCCUGCCUGCCACUAACGCAUCCGCACUGACCCCGAGGGACAAACUCCAGGGACAGCAGUGCUGGGAUUCUGCUUGCUGGGACACAGGACGCAUCAUCUUCUCUGGUUCAUGUACUGACUUGACUCUCCAUGAAUUGCUACGCAGAUUCUGCAUUUGCCCUUGGAGCCAACAGCCUCCGGAGGUGCUGGCUGGAUUCCGUGGUUGGUUUUGGUUGGAGUACACUACAUUUCAUUGCCUAGCUCUUGAAAGUCAAUUGCACAAAAAAAAAAAAAAAGGAAUGUAGCUUGCUUUACAGUACUGAAGAAUGUUCUUUACCCAUUAGCUCUGAUGAUGAUUUUUUUUUUCUCCUGCUCAAGAAAUAGGAAAUAUGCAGUGGAAUCAUUCACAGCUGACACCGGUUCCCCUGCCUGCUCAGUCAUGUGUUUUGUGGUUUCCCUCUAGACCUUACAAAUACUGUUCUCCAUGUCCUGGGUCUCUUACUGUAGGCACUGAGCCUGCAAGCACCAAGUGAGGGAUAGAAAUCUGGGGCUGAUGUAUUUUCUGUGGGACUUGGGGAAAAGAUUCAGGGCAAGAUCCCAAGACUCUGCUAUGUAUUUCCACAGUGCAGGAUCCAGGUGUUCCACAGAGUUCUUGGCACCAUGGAUGCAUUCAUGCCCUGCCAGGGACAAGGUGCUGGGCUGUGGCUGCCAACAGGCAUGUCUGAGAAAACCCUUGAUAUCCACAAGUUAAACCUGUGCAGGGUUUGAGGUGAAGGCUGUAAAUUAGUUGGAUUGUAUUUUGGUUUCUAGCAGAACCCUGGAGGGACACUGUGUGACAGGUUACCUGGUGCACUGUAGGGAAACUGUUAAUCCUCACUUUCCCUGCUUGACCAUGCCCAGGUGCAGGAUGGAAUGACACAGGGGCUGUUCAGACCAGUCUCUCUGCCAGCCACAUCCAUGGAUCUGGAUUACACCUGCACAGGGAAGAGCUGGCAGUGCACAAGGGUUCAAUAAGUAAAGGUUGAUUCGGCUUGUUUCACUUCACUCAUUCAUUGUUUCAUUGGCUUGUCUGAUUUGAUUCAUUCAUUGUUUCAGGCCCUGCAUGUUUCAUUGCACAAGGCAUUUCAUUGCACAAGACAUUUCAUUAUGUUCAAUGCAUUUCAUUAACAGAAAAGACACUAAGAAUUUUAAUUCAUUGCUGGUUUUUGAACAUACCAAAAGGUCAGUGGUUUGAAACCAGUUUUACAUCACUCUCAGCUUAUUUCCCUCACUGUUGGUGUAGUAAAAGGAAGCUUCUUACACUGAUUGAGAGAAGAGCAUUGUCUAUGCAUUUCAGUGCACAAGGAACUGCAGAGCAGGAGGUUGUUCAGCUUGCAACCACAGGCUGCACAGAUCCUACAGAGGACAUACCUGAACCAUUACUGAGGUGCCUUCUAUGAGAUGUGUUUAUUCUCUUUUCCAAAAAGAGAAUAAAUUACACUAUAAACUCUCUGUGUGCAGCCAGGCACACAAAGGAAGACUUCUAAUGUACUUACACCAGUGAGACUUCUAAGUUCUUGAAAGGGCAAAAGCUCUGGUUUGGUUUUGUACCUUGGGGUUUUUGUCCACAGCUGCAUCUCCCCCAUAAAUACAGCAGUACCCACUAAACCCAGAAUUUUCUGAAAUGGGCAGUUUGUUUCAACUCUGAUUUCUGCACCCUUUCAGAGGCUUAAAAUCCACCAAUGGCUUUUGUUGUUAAGUCCAUUCUUACUUGCUGAUCCGUGAUGGCAUCUGAGUCCUUCAGGGAGAGAGCACUGAGGCUGGGGGGCCAGUAUGUUCACCAGAUAUAGGCUUGCAUAUUUAUCCAUUUACAUGGGUUUGGUUUAGACUGUUUAGAUAAAAUUAGUUUACACAAAAGGGUAUAGGGCUAUGAUUCCGCUUUCACUGAACUUUCGAGGUCUUCAGUGUGGCCAAUGUUUGCUUUUGUCCUUAUUUUUAGUAUUGUUGCUAGUAAUGUAGUAGAGAAUCAGGAGUCAGGCUUUGAUCCUGGCCCCAAAAUGUGACUUUGGUAGAGCAGCAUCUUCAGUUAUUUACACGGGCUUGUGGUUCUCACGCUGUGCCAGCUGAUUAUCUGUGUGCAAGGAGAUUGGUUUUACUCAGCCUUAAUCUCAGUAGGGUAAGAGGUUUAAGAGACUGCCAGACAGAUUAUAGCUCUAAUUCCUACGUGUGUGCUUUCAUUACAUGUACACUCCGUGGUGACUUGAAAUUUAUUAGACUACUUGCAUGUGUAGGCUUUGUUAGGAGGUGAAAAAGAGUAUUUAAAAAAAAAAGCAUGGUCAAGAUCCCUCCUGCUCAGAGGGAUGGGAUACCAUAGCAUUGCUAAUGUCUGUGCUAACCGCAUCCUAAUUUUACUGGAAACUCUUUCCGCUGAUUUUCAGGAUAAGAAGGUACAUUUUAUUGGUACAACUACUGUAGCUAUAGAAAGUAUCUUCCAUUUUUGAAGUUACAUAAAGUAAGACUUAUUUAAGUGAUUUUUAUUUCUUGCCUUCUGCUGGAGAAUGAGAACAAAUAGUUGCUUCUUCCAUGUCCAUUAAUUUCCAGUUAGAUUAAAAGACCACUGCAUAUAUAAAUGGAGUAUACAGGUUACUUAGUGAGCAUAGAUGUAACACCUCAAAUUCAGUUUAAAGUAGCAUUUGUGUUUCAGGGAGAUUCCAAACUGGAAAUUUUCCUGAAUGGGGGUGCAGGAAACUUUUGAUAGUGUGUUCUAGAUUCAGCAAUAAGAUUCCAGAUUAUGUAUGUACUUGUGUCAAUAUAAAUUUUAUAGACUUAACAGGCAUUGAUGUAUUCUUGCAGCAAGUACUGUAGAAUGAUGUCAAAGCUUUUAGAGAAACUUUAGAAAAGGUAUUUUAGAAUGAAAUUAAUGCCUUUGAGUCAAAAUUGGUAUGCACAUGGUGCAUACUGGAAGCAUUUAAAAAAUACAAGUACAGUAACAGAGAAUUAGCCCUCUUUUGAGAGCUAUGUUUCAGGAGCAGACUUUUUAUGAAUAUAAAAUCAAGAGCUAUGUAAUUAUUUAGACAAUAAAAACAUUUUUAAAGAGCUAUAUCUUUUAUAAUGAAAUAUGAAAUUAUGUAAGUGCUCCAGUUUGCAAUUAAUGCAGCAUCUCAUGAUCAAUAUUGAAAAGUGAUUUAUAUUACAGAAUGCAUAUUAUCUGUUACUACGUUUGACAAUAUUUAGAAAAUGUAAAGCAAGGAACCUAAUUUAUAGGUUUACAUUUCUUUCAAGAAACUAUGAAGUUGUGGAAAUAGCUUUUGUUUAAGCAUGACUGUAAAGUCAAAUAUGGGCUAUAUUUAUCAGUGUAAUUUGAAAUCUUUGAUUAAGUUUGCUGACAUUGUUUGCCAAGUUAUCAGGGUUUUUUCUGUUUUAAAUCUUGAUCUACACAUUGAUCUCCAAUUCUCAUAAUGCUUGUGGAAACUUUCUGAAAUUUACUACGUGUGCUCUUUCUUUAUAGAACACUUAUUCCAAGCAAAGGUAUUAAAUAUUCAGUUGUUUCUAAACUUGAGUCCACGCUUAAAUAGUCUUAAAGGGUAUUUUGAAAAUGUUUCAGCUAUAAUCAGCAUGUACUUGGUGAAGGAAUCAUGCUGCACUUAGAUUUUUGCAGCAUUUGGGUUUGUUGUUGGUUACCCUGACAGAGCCCUGCAGUAUUUUUUCCUACACCCUCCCAGACAGUCUCAGAGCAGCAUUACCCUGGUGAAAACCAGUUUUUAUCUUUGGUCCAGACUAACGUGGCCCUUUGAACGUGAUUCUUUGUGUCCAACGCUGCUGGCUGUUAAUCAGUUGGGAGAAAAAAAAGUAUUUUAUUACAGAAAAACAGGAAUCCAAAAAAUAAAAAGGUGAUGGCAGGGCCCAGAUGAGACGAUUUUGGUUGGUUUCUGAGGCGUGCCGAGCUGUGAGUGCCCCGAUGGCGUGGUUCCAGCCUGAUGCCACAGCUGGGAUCAGGGUUAUUACUGAGCUCUGCUGACUCCUGUGGGAGCUGAACUCCUUGGUACUGAGUCUUUAGCCUCCAGCCCCAGGUGCAAUAUGCCAUGGUCUGAGCUGGUUGCCUGCCAAGUCCUCUCUCUGCCCGGUUUUGCUGGCCUGAGAAGGGCCGUGGUGUUUUUGUUUUUGCGGGAGGACAUGACAGAGCCAGCGUGCUCGCUGGAGGUGAUGAGUUAAUGCUAUUGCAAGUCUUUGAUCACCCACAUUGGGUGAAGCUUGCUGUAUAUUCUAAAGUCUAUCCACUACUAACUCCUGAGUUCUUCAGAACUGGUACCACCUUCUUUAAGCCCAUUGUGGAAAAUUUGACUGGAGACUAUAGAAUACUGGGGUUGAGUCUCUAGUACUACUGCUGUUUCAUGUGAUUGUGGUAUUUAGGUCUAUUUUUAAUUCCCAAUGUGUAGAAUUUUAACAUAGCACAGGAAAUCUAACCUUUCAUGCAAUGAACUUCUCCAGAUGUGCUGCAUUAAAGGUGAAUAACUUGACCCUUGGCUUUUGCAAAGUAAUGGAAGAUUUCAUGCAGCAUUUGCAUCUUAAAAAAUCCUUGUGCAGGUUUUGCUUUUCUAGUCCAUGAAGGAAACCUGUAUUUGCUAUGACACAAAUAUUCUGAAAAUGUAACAUUUUAUUUCUUCAUAAUGGAUUUUUUUUUGCCUUUUUCUUGUGUUUGCUCGUGCAGUAAAUCAGUAGAGCAUUAUUUGCACAAGCAAAAAAUUAACAUACUAACGAGAGUGCUGCGUUUUAUGUUUCUUUGUCAUGCAGUAAAUACUUGCAGCAAAAAUGGGAAUAUUUUCAGUUACCAUGAACUUGUUUCAAAGGUCUUCGGUACAUUUAAGGAGAGCAAUAUACAUUUGAAGUCACCUUAUUUUGUAUUAAAUUAUAAAUUGUGCAGAGAAGUGGGUAUUGUGGCACAGUAAUUUUGUACUGAUAUGAAAUAUAUAGCUAUUAUAGCUAUGGUUUGCUUUUUAACUCAUCCUUUUCAUCCUAAUGCAAAUUUGAGUGUUUUUAUUAGGUUGUAUUUUUCUAUGUAUAUAUACAAUUUCAAAAUACUAUGAUUGGGUAAACCGAAAAAUGUAAUUAUUGAUUUGAUUCUGAUAUUUAGAAUUUUGGAAUAAAAUACCUCUUAAUCAACAGAAA